AUGGCAAGAAAACGACCCCACCCCCAAGCCAAAGAUUUUACCAUCGCAUGGAUUUGCGCUCUACCUCUCGAACUCAGCGCUGCACGUGCUGUCCUGGACGAGGAAUACGAAGAUAUCAACGAGGCAGCUCAAUUCGUAUUAGGUCGCAUCGGAAUACAUAAUGUGGUUAUUGCCAGUCUCCCUGCAGGGCAGAUUGGCACAAGCUCUGCUGCCGCGACUGCUGCUCAAACGCGAUCCUCGUUUCCUGCUGUGUUGUACUGGUUGAUGGUGGGGAUUGGCGGUGGCGUCCCAAGUUCUGUCACUGAUAUACGGCUUGGAGAUGUUGUAGUCAGUCAGCCACAACAUUGCCAUGGAGGUGUUAUUCAAUACGACCUGGGCAAAACUGCGCCUGAUGGGCAACAUAUUCGUACGGGUUUCCUCAACGCACCGCCUCCUAUACUAGGAACCGCUGUGAGCAAGAUGCGGUCAGUCUCAGACUUAGGCAAAAGCAGAAUCCAGUCCUGCUUGUCCUCCCUCUCCCACCACAAUAUGUUCGAUCGGUGCCGUGCGGGUCCCGACAUCCUCUUCGAGCCCUCGUAUAAACACGUUCAAGGAUCAACAUGCCAUCAGUGUCCCGAGCAUAAGAUUGUCCAACGACCUCGACGGGAAAAUGAAGAUAUUGUCAUACACUAUGGCUUGAUAGCAUCUGGCAACCAAGUCAUGAAAAAUGGAGUAGAGAGAGACAACUUAAGCGCUAAAUUGGGUGGUGUUCUUUGCUUCGAAAUGGAGGCCGCCGGCCUCAUGAAUAACUUCCCCUGCCUCGUCAUCCGGGGCAUAUGCGACUAUGCAGAUUCACACAAGAAUGACAAAUGGCAGCCUUUUGCUGCUGCAUCAGCCGCAGCGUGUGCGAAAGAAAUUCUGUCUUGCGUCCCUACUUCUGGACGUUCGAGGAGUCGGAGCCAUGAAGCUACCGAACGUUUAAGUUAUACAUUGCAAGCCGGUCAUACAGAACAAGAUUCCAGAUCCAGAAAGAUAUCAAAGGCGAACGAGGCGUUGGAAGGCUCUGGUCAGGAUUCACUGUACGUGGGAUCGUCUCUGACAGAAGAUCAACGACAGCGCUUUUUGAGAUCGUUGAAUUUUGAUCAGAUUGAUGCUCGUCAUGCAACCAUUCGAUCAGCACACGCGAAGACAUGCAGAUGGAUCCAUAGCAACCCCGGCUAUCAAGACUGGCUCGACGAUGACCGCCUCCCGGAACACCAUGGCUUCCUGUGGCUCAAGGGCAAGCCAGGGGUGGGCAAGAGUACCUUGAUGAAAUUUGCCCUUGCAAGCACCAAAAAGAGACUGCCCGAUUGGACCGUUAUAUCCUUCUUCUUCAAUGCUAGAGGCGAAGAUUUAGAGAAGUCAGCGUUAGGAAUGUAUCGGUCCCUAUUGUUUCAGCUCCUAGAGAAACUUCCUGAUCUUCAGAAAGUACUUGCGUUGCGGCCUCCACAACUAGACGACAUGGGAUCUCCCGAAUGGGAUGUUGAGAUCUUGAAGACUAUUUUCGAAAAUGCUGUUACACAAAUUGGAGAUCGCCCCUUAAUCUGCUUUGUCGAUGCGCUAGAUGAGUGUGAGGAUGAUCAGGUACGAGACAUGGUGGUCUUUUUGGAGCAACUGGGCCAGACUGCGGUCUUAUCUGGAUUGAAGUUUCGUACUUGUUUCUCAAGCCGGCACUAUCCCCACAUUACUAUCGAUAAUUGUAAAGAGCUUGUUCUCCAAGAGCAAGAUGGCCAUCAAAAGGACAUGACGAAUUAUCUCCAUAGCGAGCUAAAAGCUGGACGCAGUAAGUUGGUUGACCAGAUCAGAGAUGAGAUACUCAGUAGGGCAUCUGGCAUCUUUUUAUGGGUUGUCCUUGUCGUACGGAUGCUCAACGAAGAGUAUGCUCGCGGUCGCAUACAUGCGCUGAGAAGGCGACUUAAUGAGAUCCCGGACAGCUUGGAAAAACUCUUUGACAGCAUUUUAAGUAGGGACAAUCUAAAUGGAGAUGGGAUGAUUCUCUGUUUGCAAUGGGUUCUGUAUACCAGACGACCAUUAAGAACCGAGGAGCUAUACUUUGCUAUCCUGGCUGGAAUCGAGCCCGAGUCUGUGUCUGCUUGGAACUCAGAAGUGAUUACUAAGGACGACAUGGAGAGAUUUAUCUUGAACCAUUCCAAGGGGUUGGUGGAAGAGACAAAAGCCAAAUCAAGAACCGUUCAAUUCAUUCAUGAAUCUGUACGAGAUUUCUUUCUUCAUGGAAAGGGACUAGACAAACCAUAUUUCGGACCAGCAGCUACGUUUCCGGCACGAAGCCAUGAAAAUUUGAAGCAAUGUUGCCAGAAAUAUCUCCUAGGAGUUGAUGUCACAUCGAAUCUAGCUUUGAAUGGAUCGCUGCCAAAAGCCUCAUCAGAAGAUUCAGCGAAUCUUCGCCGAAGAGCCUGUGAGAGUUUUCCUUUUCUCGAAUACGCAGUACAUAAUGUGCUUUACCACAGCGAUGCUGCAGACGGCCUUGGAUGUCCCCAGAAUAUGUUCAUUAGAGAAUUUCCUCUCUCAAGAUGGAAUUUCAUGAACAACCUCCUUCAAAGAUAUGACAUUCGCCGUCAUUCGUCCAAUGUUAGCUUGCUGUACAUUCUGGCCGAGGAAGACCUACCGAGCCUCAUUCGGAUUGUACGCAGGCAUGUUGAAACCAUCGACAUUAGAGGCGAAAGAUAUGGUUCGCCGCUGGUAGCUGCCUGGGCAGCAGGGAACGAAGAAGCUCUCCGAGCUCUUCUGACCUUGAAUGAACGUGAAGAAAGUGAGCUUCACGCUAAUCAUGAUGGAUCAUCUCCUUUAGAUCACGAUCUUCGCGAAGUGGUUUCAUCACUUCUUAAACACAAACACGACAUCAAAGUGACAAGCAAUACAACCUUGCUGUCGUGGGCGGUUCGACGAGGAGAAAUCAGCAUAGUGAAGUUCUUGCUUGCAAGCAGAAAUAUCGAUGUGAAUGCUAAGGACAAGGAUGAUUUGACACCAUUAUCAUAUGCUGCCCAAAACGGUCAUUCAGAAGUAGUGAAGCUUCUGCUUGCAAGCAGAAAUAUCGAUGUGAAUGCUAAGGACAAGGAAGAUUUGACACCAUUAUCAUGGGCUGCCCAAAAGGUCAUUCAGAAGUGGUAA